UUUCUGUUCGGAUCUAAAUCUUUAUUUCUAGACUUUUGAACAUACAAACAUUGUUAAAGUUUUUUUUUAAUUGCUUGACUUAUUAAACAACAUGUUAAGUGUUUUUCUUAAAUAUGAAUUUUGUUUAACAGCCAUACUCUGAUUUUAUAUUUCAUUUAAAUUUAACUUUGCUGAAGUUUAAUUAUUAAACAUGGCAACAUUUUCUGUGGGUUUUGUUGCUGAAGGCCAUGUUGUUGAUAAAGAAUAUUGUUGUUCAAUCUGCCAAGAGCAUAAUAAGGAGAUAAAUGCAGUAUUUUACUGUAAAAAAUGCAAUACAUUUUACUGUGGACAGUGUAUUAAGUUUCACAGAAAGCAUGGUCUGUGGUUUAAUAAACAAUCUCCUUAUGGAAAGGAUGAAAUAAUGAAGUGGCCACUUUCUAAGAAAAUGGAGCAUUAUCUUAGAACAUGUGAUAUUCACAAAGAUGAACAAUUAACUAAAUUCUGCAAGGACCACAGUCGGCUGUGCUGCUCUAAAUGUGUUGAUCACAGGCAGUGCAAUCAAUUGAAAGUUCUUUCUGAAGUCAAAAUGCAGUCAUCAGAUUUAAAGAAAUUGUCAGUGAGAGUUUCAAAUACUCUUUCAAGACUAAAGAAGCUCCAGAGGUAUAGGGAGGACAGCAGGAAUGCUAUGCGGAGCUCCUAUGCUGAAUUUGAGCGAAACAAGGUGAAGAAAAUGCGACUGAAUGUACAAUCUUUCUUAGUCCAAUGUGACGACACCUCCAUGAAUGAAACAUUUGAAACCGUGGAAUAUAGAGUAGAUAAAAUUCGUCAGAAAGUAAAUUUAUUAUUAACAGAUUUUGAAAAUUGCUCUAUUAAGGAACGGAAAGAAGAGCUGAAACUCAAACAAGCUCCUCUCAUCAGUGUGAUCAAAACCUGCAUCAGACAUCAUGGUGAAUUGUUACGACUCCAUGAAGCCAUGCAGAAAGUAAAGGAUCAACCAGAACUCUCCUUAAUAGCCUAUUACAAAUGUCUGGACAAAAUACAACAGUGUGAGAUAUAUAUGAAUGAGAACUUUUCAGACGAGUUGUUCUCUGUGCAAGGGGUGUCUAAGUACAAAGUGAGAAUAUUUAGGGAUUCAAAUACAUGCUCGAUCGAUGCGGUAUGUGCUCUACCAGAUGGGCAAGUCUUGGUUGCAGACUGUGAGAAUGACAAAGUCAAGCUGCUGAACCAGCAGUACCAGGUGGUGAGUCACUGGGGUGUGAAUGCCAUGCCAUGGGACAUGUGUCUCAUCACACCCAGUGAGGCUGCAGUGGCUUUGAGUGAUCAUGCGGUCCAGUUUGUCACUGUCACCCAGAGCAAGCUAGUUCCUGGCAGGAGGCUUCAGUUACAACAUGACUGUAGAGGCAUUGUCCACGACCAGGGAGACUUGUUUAUCUGCUCAAAUACUGCCCUGUACAAGUACUCACUGAGUGGGACACUGGUCUGCAGACUGUAUGAAGAUACAUCAGCUUCUCUUACAGGUGGUCUGGGAGGGGCAGAGUAA